AUGUCGUCCAAGCUGCGUUUCCCGCUGCCAAAAAACUACUUCGGUCACAUCGAGGUCACGGCUGCGCAGAAGCUUGAGUAUCGCGAUGUGGUGCAGCGCAGACUCAACGAGCUGCUGGACGACGAGCAGCACUACAAUGAGCGCAAAGCCAAUAAAUUGCCGUGCCUGCCACCCGCAGACUGGAAGUACGUGCGGUCGCUCGAGGAUAUAAAAAUCUACAGACGUAGACGGCGAGGACGGUCACUUGAGGAAAUCGCAAAGCACGAGGACAUCCCCGAGGCCAGACAAGCGGUAGCGAACGGCCAGCCAAGUAUCGUAGCGACGGGAAAUAUUGCCGGCACGGUAGAGAAUCUGCUCUACGGGUUAGCCGACACGAACUACGAGGAGAUGCGCACCACGACGUCCUUCCUGGAUGUCGACACGGAUUUCGCGGUUCUGCGCGUUUUCGAGUUGGCAACCGCGGACGACCCGCUGCAUUUCUUCGGCCUCAAGUGGCUCUACAGCUCGUCCGCUCCAUUUAUCGAGCCGCGGGAUGUCUGCUUUCUAGAAGCCAUGGGGGUGCAGAAAGACGCCAAUGACGAGAUGUACGGCUACCUGGUGCUCAGGGGGUCCGAAAAUGAUAUUGUUAUUUAUCGUAGUAGCAUCUUCACGAUAAAUUAUCGCGAAGCUAGCUUGUAUGUUGGCAAUACGUUAUGA